CGAUGACGGAAUACGACUAUUCACCCGAGGCUUAUGAUCGCUACCUCGCUACCCAACGGCGCAUUGCCAACUGGGUCGACCAGACUGAGCAUCACAGACCUCAAUUCGGUCCAACCACCCAGUCCGUCGCUGACUCCUCAAAUUACCGAACGAGGCACCACCGUCAUUAUUAUCGUCCCCCUUCCUCUGAUUCUGGUUCAGAUGAUUCCUAUGCAGCUGGGCCCGGCUACCCAGGUCCAAUGCCAGGUCCAAUGUUCGGCCCAAUGCCUCUGCAUAGUCCACCUCCUCCUCCCAUGUAUCCUCAGCAGCCAAUAUACCACCAGCCUAUGGUACCUCCGCUUCUUUCACCAGGAUACCCAUACCCGCCAACCUCUCCGCACUACUACGACAAUCACCGUCGAUCGUCCCGCUCACAUAGACGCUCACAUUCCCAAUCUCCCCGUCACCCCUCAGCUUUCCGCUUUACCCCUCCCCCGACCUCUCCCAUUUAUUCACAUGGCUACCCACCUCCACCUAUGGUCGGGUAUCCUCCUCAAGGUUUCAUCAUGAUGCCACCGCCACCAAUACCCAGAGGAAGGAAGAUGUCUGUUAUGUCUGCUGAAACACCCUCUGCUCAUGUUGCUCCGCAAGCCGACGUCUAUUUACCACACCAUCAACUGGUGCCUCCCUCAAACUUGCCUCAGGGACAAGGCUCAGCUGGUGUUGUCUCAUCGCAGUGGCCUGCGUACACCGCUGCGCCUCCCUCACACCCUCUGUUUAUUACACCUGGUGGUGCAGCAGCUGUCGUGAUGCCACCUCGUAUUCCAUAUUCAGCUGGAGCUCAACAAAGCUCGGCCGCUCUUCAUGUCCUCCCACCGAACCUUCCUUUGAAAACACAUCUACCCAUACAUCAACGGAUGUAUGGUACACAUGGAAAGCAUUAUUUUCGCCGAAGCGUUGGCUAG